CUGUCUGGCGGGGGAGGAGCGGCAUCCAGAGCAGUGCCUCUGACGGUCGUGGCGGUUGGAGGUCCGAGAGCUCUGCUCCUCCCGAGAGCGUGCGGGUGUCGGGACCGGUGAGUGAAAGCCUGCCGAUUUCCUCCAUUCAUCCGGACAUGGCGGUUGGGAGAGUGGCACCGGGUUUCAGGCCAUCCACGAGCCAGCAGGAAAGGAUUUUCAGCAAGAGAAAGACGACAUCUGAAGUCCCAAUGCACAGAUCAGCCCCCAGUCAAACUGCCAAGAGGAGCCGAUUGCCAUUAUCCACCGUUCGUCGCCGUUGGGAUGACAGUGAGAACUCAGGAACCAGCCUGCAUGUUGAUAAUGAGGACUACUCCAGGUACCCGCUGAGAGAGUCCAGGGCUCUGGGUAGCAGAAGAGGAAUGGCUUAUGGCCCUAUUGACUCUCUCCGGGAAGAGGAGAAUGAGGAGGAGGGGGCUGGGCCUGUGGCGCUAGCGUCAGGGAGAGGGAAAAGUGGCAAGUUUAAAGAUGAUAAGCUGUAUGACCUAGAGAAAGGAGCACGGCCUUUGGUUGGGGUGCCCCCCCAGUCAUGUAGUUUUAACCGUGAUGUGAGAGAGGAGCUUGGCAGGCUAGAGCCAGCCCCCGUCGCCAGAGGUGCUGCUAGCAGAGCUGACUUCCUGCAGCAAAAUGGCAUGGCUUCUCAAACCUCUGCUGCAGGAGGCAAGGUGGCUGCAAAAGUUGACAGCCUGGAGAGGGAGAGACGGGAGCAGAAUUUACCUGCACGUCUCAGCAGGGCUCCUGUGAGUAUUUGUGGUGGUGGGGAAAACACCCCAAAGGGUGGAGAGGAACCGGUGGUGAGGCCCAAAGUCAGAAACCCGGCCAGUCCAAACUGCGUGAAACCAAAAAUAUUUUUUGAUACUGAUGAUGAUGACGAUGUGCCACACAGUACUUCCAGGUGGAGGGAUACUGCAAGCACUGAUGAAGGCCACUCGGAUGGCCUGGCAAGGAGAAGCAGAGGCGAGAGUUCAAAUGGCAUCUCUGAGCCGAAGUACCCCGAAGAUAAGAGGGAAGCCAGGAAAGACCAAGUGAAGCCUGAAAAGGUGCCUCGGCGGCGACGAACCAUGGCCGACCCUGACUUCUGGACGUACAGCGAUGAUUACUACAAAUACUGUGAUGAAGAUUCUGACAGUGACAAAGAAUGGACUGCUGCUUUGCGUCGGAAGUAUCGAAGUCGGGAACAAAACCUGUCGUCCAGUAGUGAAAGCUGGGAGACUCUGCCAGGGAAAGAAGAGCGCGAACCUGAGCCAGCAAGAGUGAAUGGCAGUGCCAGCGCCAGCCCUGCUGCUGGUGCCAGUGCUGGCAGCCAUGAACUUGAAGAAGUUCGAGGACCACCUCUUCAGGAAGAGGAGCGGGUGUCUCCGGAAGAAGGAGAAGUCCCUUGGCUCCAGUACAAUGAACAAGAGAGCGGCAGCGACGGGGAUAAUGAUUCCGGCCAAGAGUUUCUGCAGCCUGGGGUCUUCAUGCUGGAUGGUAACAACAACCUCGAAGAUGACUCUAGUGUGAGUGAAGACCUGGAAGUGGAUUGGAGCCUCUUUGAUGGCUUUGCAGAUGGGUUGGGGGUGGCCGAAGCCAUUUCCUACGUGGAUCCUCAGUUCCUCACCUACAUGGCACUUGAAGAACGCCUGGCCCAAGCAAUGGAAACGGCUCUUGCACACUUGGAGUCUCUGGCGGUGGACGUGGAAGUGGCCAACCCACCGGCAAGCAAGGAGAGCAUCAGUACUCUCCCCGAGAUCCUGGUCACUGAAGACCACAGCGCAGUGGGGCAAGAAAUGUGCUGUCCCAUCUGUUGCAGUGAAUAUGUGAAGGGCGAGGUGGCGACCGAGCUCCCAUGCCACCACUAUUUCCACAAGCCCUGCGUGUCCAUCUGGCUUCAGAAGUCGGGCACCUGCCCUGUGUGCCGCUGCAUGUUCCCUCCCCCACUGUAAGACCAAGGCUCUUUACUCCUGGUCUGCUGAUUUUCCUCAUCCGAAAUCCACAAUACUGCAGGAGCCCUCUCAAAGUUAACAAUUGAAAUGAAACCAAUCAAUUAAUCUACUACACCUGUUGAUUUCUUGUGAUCAUUUCCAAUGUGAAAAUGGUUGUGUACGAUCGCAUUAAAAAUCAUACUGUCUUUUAGAGGCUAGGAAGGGAAAACUAAACUUUCGAAAUGCUACUUGAGAUGGCAGUAAGAAUAUCCAUUUUCUAACCUGAACAUUGAAAUCAGUUGCAUUUGUUUUCUUCGGUAGACUAUGUUGCUGUUAAUUGUAAUGUCAAGUUUAUCUGUUGAAUAUGUCCAGAAGGCAUCACCACUUCGUUGCAUGUUAUGGGUUAAUGUUCCUGUAAUUGCAGUGCCGUAAAAGCUAAUUAAAGUUCUUUUGAUUUUACAUGG